UUAUAGCGCCCAUUGCUCAUUCUUGUUUGCCCCUAGUCUGACAGAUCUCUACUAUGUGAUUGAGAUGGUGUUGAAGAUCUAGAGGAUGUUAAGUAGUUCCUUGUGCAUUUCUAGAGAUCCCUUUUGGUUCAAGGGGAAAACCUAAAUAAUUUGACUAAAUUGGGUAAUUGUUGAGGUUUCCCCAAACUAAAUGAACCAAUGAGGUGGGUAAUGCUCUAGCACUAACCUCUUGCAGACCUCGAGUUGCUGCUAGAUUGCCACUUGGCCCACUGAGUGACCACAGUGGUUUCUGGACAUAUUGGAGUCAUACAUGGUGUCCAGCAACACCGCAUGUGGGACCGCAAGGGUGUCCCCAAACUUGUGAUGUUUAUAAAGAAUGCAUUAAUAGUAAAACAAGAUGAAACUGUGGUGGACAGAGCCAAGGCUAAUGCCUCCCUUUGGGAAGCCAGAUUGGAAGUCACAGAACUCUCUAGGAUUGAGUAUCGUGAUACUUCUCGGAGACUGGCAAGAACUAACGAAGACUUGAAGAAACAGCAAUAUAAAAUGGAGAAAGAUACAAUGUCUAUAUUAAGCUACCUGAGGAAGCAGGAUCAGGAGAAAGAUAAUAUGAUUGACAAACUGAAACAGCAAUUGACUGAAACAAAAGAAAAAGCUGAAGAGGAGAAGGAAAAAUUGGAACAAAAGUAUACCAUGCAAAUACAGGAGCUAGAGGGACAGUUCCAUCAAAAAGCCAAAGAAAUUGGCAUGAUUCAGACAGAAUUGAAGACAAUAAGACAAUUUCAAAAGAGAAAAAUCCAAGUGGAGAAAGAAUUAGAUGAUCUGAAGGAGAAUUUAAGGAACACAGAGUGGAAACAUCAGGAGACUCUUAGAAGACUGGAAGGCAGGUUUUUUGAAGAAAAGCACCGUCUAGAAGAAGAGGCUGAAAAGAAGAUAAUAUUGCUGGCAGAGAGAGCCCACCAGGAAGCUGUUGUGCAAUUGAACAAUGCCGGAAGAAAUGUUUUUAAAGAGAAUAUUUCUCUCCAGAAGGCUCUUGCAUAUCACCUGAAGGAAGCUGAUGUUCUACUAAAAAACUCUCAGAAGUUGCAAGAGAGUCAUACUGUCCUUUUACAACAAAAGGAGAUCAAUGACCUGUUGGUUAAGGAAAAGAUUAUACAACUUACCCAGCAGAGAUCACAAAUCCAAAUCCUUCAGAAGAAGGUGGUAAGCUUGGAGACUGCUCUGAAUUGCAUGACCAGAGAGUUUGAGACUGAAGUUUUAAAACUGCAGCAACAGGCAACGAUAGAGAAUCAAGCAGGUCGGGUAGAAAUUGAUAAGCUGCAGCAUCUUCUUCAGCUGAAGGACAAGGAAAUAAAUCGAAUGAAGAAGUUGGCCAAGAACAUACUGGAUGAGAGAACAGAAGUGGAAAGAUUCUUUUUAGAUGCUCUGCACCAAGUGAAACAGCAGAUCCUGGUUAGCAGGAAGCAUUAUAAGCAGAUAGCACAAGCGGCUUUCAAUUUAAAAAUGAGAGCAGCAUGUGCAGGAAAAACCGAAUAUCCCCCAAUCAGAACAUUUGAUGGUAGAGAGCACAGUACCAAUAGUGUGAAUCAGGAUCUUAUGGAGGCUGAGAAAUGGACAGAUAUUCAAGGAAAUGUGGAUAUUGGAGAUUUGACCUGGGAGCAGAAGGAGAAAGUCUUGAGAUUGCUCUUUGCAAAAAUGAAUGGUUUUGUUCCUAGGAAAUACAGCCAGAGUUGUAGGCCUUCAGUUCCAGACUAUGUUGUUACUGGCAGUGGAGAAACAAAGGAAUUUGGGGAGGAAAGUAAGCUUCAAGAUGAAACCUUCAUCACUCAGCAGGUUCCAAUAUCAGGCUUUUCUGGUGAAAUGGUGCUACCCGGUAUUCCAAAAGAAUCACAGUAGUCUGACAUAGGGAUCUUGUGAGGAGCACUGAUAAACAUAUGACCCCACAGAAGCUGCUGGACGGCCCUUCCUUGGAGAAUUCUUGCUCCCGAAUAUGUUCAAGUUUCUUAAAGGGAAAAACAAAUUUUAACUCAAAAAGUUACCUGUUUGCCAUAGAAAUUGGUGUCUCCCCUGAAGGAAGAUCGAGAGCCAGUGAAUGAGAACAUUGGCAAAGGCACUGGAAUGGGGACAUUCACUCCCACCUAAAGCAGAAACAAAUCCACAUCAAAUACUAAGUGAAAGACUCAAAAAGGAACUUUCCAUUUACAAGCACAAAGACGUCACAGACCAGCUUUAAAUACCCACCUUCCACCCCACCCUCUACUCAUGAAUUUUUAUUCGUAAGGAAGAUAUAGAGCACUGCCGGAGAUUGGAGGGGCAAUCUUUAAACAAGUUGCAGUGACUGAUCACUGUUUACUGUUUCCUCUUCGAAAAUAGUAAAUGGCUAUGAAAAUAGCCUAAAAAUUCUCUUCACAAACCUGUCCAACAUCCACCAGGUGAGAAUAUUUCCGAGCAGUGGCUCCACUAGUGGUGAAGAUGGCAGUUCCAUUUCCAUAUGGGUUAUCAUUUACAAUUUUGAUGGCUUCAUCCAAUGUUUCUGUCUCUAGAACCACAAGAACUGGACCAAAAAUCUCCUCUUUGUAACAGGUCAUAUUUGGCUGCCAGGAGGGAUGCAUCCAGAAAAGAAGUCGACUUUUUAGAUUCUGAGUGUUUUAUGCUUAUUUGGUACUUUCACUUAAUACACAUAAUUUACAUGGACAGCUUUCCUUUUAACAAUUUUCAUUUUAAACCACCUAUAAAAAAGUCUUGUCUUACUGUGUUCCAUCCUCCAACCUACCAAUCAUAUAAACAAUUUGAAAGUCCUAUUAACUAUAACUACACUCCUUAUCUUUAAGCACUGUUUCUUUAGUUCAUGACCCAUUACUAGCUUCUUUGUUAAUACCUGAACAACUUGUUUCAUACAGUUAUGUUACCAAUUACAUGAAAAUUCAUUUCUUAUUACUCAAAUCUAUAUUAAAUGUACGAGAAUUUUUCUGUUUAUAGAAAUCCCAUGCUGUUUUCUGUAACAAUCUAUUUUCAUUCACUUCUUUACCUCCCAAAUAAGUCUAUACAUUUAUAUUUUGAUAUCAGGUCACAAUGUGUGUGUGGACUAGUUGCAGUGGUUCAAAACAUCCUUCACCACUGCAACCAGUCCGCAUUUGUUGCUGAUAAGUGGGUUUUUCCUCUAUGCUUCUAUAGCAAGAGACUUCAUGAUUUCUACUAUACUUGCAUUCAACUCUGGAUUUAUUCAGGAUUAUAGUGGGGAUAUAUGAAUGUCAGGGGGGAAAAAAGCCUCCUAACCAUAAUUUAGUCAUGAAUGUUAGGUGAGAGACUUUCAGAGUUUUGAUAAAUAAAAAUUGACAGAUCA